AUGCCUGCCUCAACAUCACAGGCUUCCAAGCCUCGCCUCUACAUCCUCGACUACGGAGCUGGAAAUGUCCGCAGUCUCGCCAACUCGAUCAGCCGGCUCGGAUACGAGUUCGAGUGGAUCAAGGACGAGUCGGACUUUGACAAGGCCGACAAACUCCUCUUCCCCGGCGUCGGCGCGUUUCAGCAGGCCGCGGGCAUGCUCAAGACGUCGGGCAUGAUGGAGUCGCUGCUCAAGUACGUGCGCUCCGGCAAGCCGUACUUUGGCAUCUGCAUUGGCAUGCAGGUUCUCUUUGAGGGCUCGUCCGAGGCCCACGGUGCAAAGGGUCUCGGUGUGAUUCCCUACCCGAUCUCCAAGUUCAACGCGGCCGAUGGCGGCAAGAAGAGCGUCCCGCACAUGGGGUGGAACGGGGCGUGGCGCGCGCACGAGUCCGACAAGCCGGCUGGUGACGCCAGCGAACUCCUACUCACUGGUGAGGACUACUACUUUGUCCACUCGUACGCCGCCCUCCUGGGCCACAGCACGCCCGAGGCAGAGGCGACCCUCAAGGACUUUGCGUACACGGUCUCGCGGUACGGGAGUGAGCAGUUUGUGUCAUCGGUGCGCCGUGGCAACAUCUUUGGCACGCAGUUCCACCCCGAAAAGUCGGGUCCUGCUGGUCUCGACCUCCUCCAGCGCUGGCUCAGCGCGCCUGUUGAGGCCCUCUCUGCCCCUCCCCACCCGCUCACGACUCGCGACGACGGUGCAUGGAUCGACCAGGACCCUCGUCCCACUCGCGCAGCCUCGAGCGGCCUCACAAGCCGUAUCGUCGCAUGCCUGGACGUGCGGUCAAACGACAAUGGCGACUUGGUUGUUACCAAGGGCGACCAAUACGAUGUGCGCGAGAAGGAGGAGGGCGGCAACGUUCGUAACCUCGGCAAGCCUGUCGAGCUCUCGCGCAAAUACUACGAGAGCGGCGCGGACGAGAUCUGUUUCCUGAACAUUACGAGUUUCCGCUCGAGCGCACUCCAGGACCAGCCGAUGCUCGAGGUCGUUCGCUCGUCCGCCGAGACCGUCUUUGUUCCCCUCACCGUAGGCGGCGGUAUCAAGGACACGGUCGACCCUGACGGGACGAAGCGUUCGGCGCUCGAGGUUGCCGGCGCCUACUUCCGCGCCGGGGCGGACAAGGUGUCUAUUGGUUCCGAGGCCGUCCUGAACGUCGAGGACCUGCUCGCCCGUGAGGCGCGGGGAGAGGAGCCUCUUACUGGCAAGACGGGGAUUGAAACAAUUGCCAACGCGUACGGCGCCCAGGCCGUCGUCGUUUCCAUCGACCCCAAGCGGGUAUACUACGACACGACGGAGCCCAACUGGAUCGACGCUGUUCCCGAGGCGCACCGCCCCACCUUGAUCACGGGCGAGACGAGUACGACCCGCACCAAGCCCGACGAGGUUGGCAAGGCUUGGUGGUACCAGUGCACGAUUAGCGGUGGACGCGCCGUGCGCGACGUUGACGUUGUUCAGCUCGCGCGUGGCGUUGAGCGCCUUGGAGCCGGCGAGAUCCUGCUCAACUCGGUCGACCGCGAUGGGUCGGGUAAGGGCUUCGACCUCGACCUUAUCCGGCAGGUACGUGAUGCCGUUUCCAUCCCCGUCGUCGCGUCUUCGGGAGCCGGAAACGCUGCCGACUUUGAGGAGGUGUUUGAGAAGACCGGGUGCGAGGCCGCACUUGCAGCCGGUAUCUUCCACCGUGGCGAGGUAGGGAUCGACGAGGUGAAAGCCGACCUCGAGAGCCACGGGCUUCCUGUGCGCCGCACUGCGCUCGCUGUGUAA